AUGAAUACCAAUAAAAAAGUCAAACAAGCGAGAGUUUAUUUGAAUGAUUUAAAUAGUAAACCUUUAUUAGUUGAAGUAACCAAAAGUUAUAUCGGCCUCGAUUUGAUAAAGUAUGCACUCUCCACUAGAAACUUAAUAAUAGAAAAUCCUAAAAACAAAAUCAAUUUAAUUGAAUUUAACAAUAAUUGUUUUAGAUUUAUUAGGAAUUUUGAGAACUUAUUUGAUCAAAUUACUAACUGGUAUGACGAUAAUAACUACUUUUUAGUAAACUCAAAGAAAAACUAUUUAAAAGAUUCUUUAUCAGUUAGUAAAUCAAUAAAUGUCUCAAUAUUUCAUCAUAAAGAGGUACUAUUUCAGUUAGAUUCACGUAAAUGGGUUAAACGAUUUCUGAUUCUAGAGAAUAACAAUUUAUUUAUCUCUAAAUCUGAUAAACAUAAAGAUAAGCAAUUCUUAUGUAAUUUGUUAUCUUAUGACGUAUACUCAUUCAAAGAAUUAUACCCCAAUUGCCCUAAACCAGCUAGGAUCCUCGACGAUACUUUGUAUGGUCACUUAUUCUUAAUAAAAAGUCAAGAUAACCACUCAUUAUUUGAAAAAUCCGAAGAUAUCCAACAUCUUUUCGCUGCCAAUGAUUCAAAUGAAUCUAAAGAAUGGAUUAAAGCCAUUACUCAAGCCAGAACCAAUGCUAUAAUUAAUGAAAAGCCCUGGUUAUUCAAGAAUCCAAUUAAAAACCAAGACAGUAGCCCAGAAUUCAAAACGAAACUUACACCAACUAAGUCAAUUUCGCGUUCAAACUCUCAAGGUAAAACUAUGUCACGGUCAAAUUCACUGUUUAAGCCAAGAGAUAAUCAACAAACAUUAAUCAAUUUGAAAGAUGAAUCAAUUUUCACUCAAGGUAGUUUGUUAGCUAGACGUGAAUCAGAAAGAGCACCAUCAUUUUUAAAACACGAUCCAUCGUUAAAAGCAAGUAAAUCAAAUGUUACUCGUAAACGUUCAGGUACUUUGAACUUGACGCAUUCAAGUAAAUCGAGAUAA